AUGACGAGCUGGUUUGGCCACACGCAGACGGUCGCGAGCAUCUCGAAGAGCGUGUCGACGGUCGCGGGCGGGAUCAUCUGCCUCGAGUCCAACGUCACGAGCUUCAUGAAGAAGGUCAUUUACUACGAAGGCUUCUUCCAGCGCAUGCACGACAAGCUUCCCGAUGAGCUCAACUAUGCAGCCAAGAAGCUCAUCCGAAGGUGCUACGAGUACCGCGAGGCGAUUCGCGACGAGCUCCAGUCCAGCGUCGCCUACGUGGCAGAUGCAGGUCGAUGGCUCAUUGGCAUGGAAGAUUGGAAUACAAAGAUGGAGAAGCGCUUGGGGCAGAUCACAGAGCUUGUGAUCCUCGCCAACAGCUUGCUCAUGGAAUACAUGCUCACGGGCGAAAUCGGUGCCAAAGGCGCGGAAGAUGACCUAAGCCUUUACGUGCAUGGCAUUACAAACUCGAUUGUGCUCCAAGACGACGCACUCUUCAAAGACUCGCUGAACAAAUCCAAGCCCAACUCGACGACGGCGUCCCCGCGGGACCAGCCGCCACCAUCAAAGGUCUUUGCCGAGACGGCGCCGCCGACGCUGGCACCGCCGCCCGUACCGCUGUCAAGGGACGACGUCGAUGACAGUGUUGACGACGACGACCGCUUCAACCCCUUCAACGCGGCGCACGAAGCGUACUUUGCAGCGCCGAUGCCGAUUCCAAAACGCGUGCAACCGGUUGAGACGUCGACGCCGUCGCCAGCCGGAUCCGCAACGUCGCACUCGUACAGCGACUAUUGUCACCUCGACGAAGAGUACGCAGCGACGCUGAGCGAGAUGCGGUCGUUUCCACCCACGAUGCACCGGGGCACGCUGAGUGCGGCUAAGAAGCAGCCAGCACCCGCGCGCAAGCCGCCGGUGUACGACCUGACCAUGUCGUUCGACUUUCAGAAAGAGCGCGCGCACAACCCGUUUGUUCGAGACCCCGGCGUCGCUACCAUCGACGAGAUCGACGACACCCAUGGCACGACUGCACUGGUAGAGCAAUUCCGAGACGCAAAGAAAGAGUAACAUGCAUGCAUCCCGU